GUUCGAAGUUGUCUAGGUCGUUAUGAUCGUUAUGUUAGUUUGUGGAUAAGGAGAUGUGAGUUCCAUAAUUACCACGUUGUGCGGUUGUCAAGUGUUAUGUAAACAAUGGCUGCAACUAUUGGAUAUGUGAACGUAAUCAAAAGAUCAGGGAAGGAAGGAUCACGUUUCCCAGUUACUGAAGAUUGCCUAAUUGGUAGUGGACUUCAUUGUGAAAUUAGAAUUCAUUUGGCUGAUGUUGCUGUAGAGCAUUGUUUAAUUCAGUGCCAGGAAGGGGGAAAGUGCUCACUAAAGAACUUAUGUAAACAAAUGCCAACUAAACUAAAUGGUACUGAUGUUACUGAAGUUGCAAUACUGCACCACGGAGACACUAUCAGCGUAUCUGACCGUUUGUUCCGUUGGGAAUAUGAAGAACUACCACAAAUUUCUUCUGUUAUGAAGCCAACUGUGGCACUGCUGCCACGUAAUGUGACAGAUGAUAUGGGAUCUUCAAAGCGACUGGUGGCUGUUGUAUCACCACAGAUCAGAGAAAGACAGGAAACAUCACAGUCUCUUAGGACGUGGGUACUACGUAGGUCAGUAGGGAACAGCUUGUCAAGUCGCACCCGGCAUCCUGCUAAGACGGUGGAAGGAAGGCGGAGUACUUCUUUGGUUAAAUUUGGUCCCCAGGAUUCUGAUCAGUCUGCAGUAUCAGAUGACAAGACUCCGCGCUUAGUAAAUGUCUCCCGCCGUACCAGUGUUACAAGUUCAGUGAAAAAAUCACUGCUAAAAGUAACACCACAUGUAAGAAAAUCUGGUGGUGCCUCUACUGUACAACCAAUUCCUUUUGAAACACCUCACACUGUUACAUCUGUUAUGAGUGACAGUGUUUCUGAUUUGGUGGAAACACCAGUGUCAAAAACAUCACGUGUAAAGAGAUCAAGUAUAUCUUACAGUGUCACCCCUCGCUCGCGAAAAUCAGUGCAAAUGGGAAGACUCUCUCACAGUGUGCCAUCUUUAAAAAAGACUCCUAAUGCAGAGGAAACAGUUGCAGUUUCUUCACCAAGAAGGUCCUACAGGAAGGACCCCUUAGGAGUUUCGUCAAGUGUUAAAUCUGCAAAUGCUACACCAGAUGGAAAGUUUAUUGGAGGGGAGACUCCAGGUGUCUCACAGGUUAAAAUUGGUGCCCAGGAUUCUUACCAGUCUGCAGUACUGGAUAACAAGACGCCGCACUCAGUAAAUGUCUCCCGCCGUACUAGUAUUAAAAGUUCAGUUAAAAAAUCGCUGCUGAAAGUAACACCAAAUCCGCGAAAAUCUGGUGGUACAGAACCAAUAGCUUGUGAAACACCUCACACGUUUAACUCGGAUAUGCGUGAUAGUGUUUCCGAUUCAGUUGAAACACCAGUGUCAAAAACAUCACGUGUAAAGAAGUCAAGCAUAUCUUACAGUGUCACCCCUCGCUCGCGAAAAUCAGUGCAAAUGGGAAGACUCUCUCACAGUGUGCCAUCUCUAAAAAAGGCUCCUGCUGCAGAGGAAACAGUUGCAGUUUCUUCACCAAGAAAGUCCUAUAGGAAGGACACCUUAGGAGUUUCGUCAAGUGUUAAAUCUGCAAAUGCUACACCAGAUGGGAAGUUUAUUGGAGGGGAGACUCCAGGUGUCUCACAGGUGAAAAUUGGUGCCCAGGAUUCUUAUCAGUCUGCAGUACUGGAUAGCAAGACGCCGCACUCAGUAAAUGUCUCCCGCCGUACUAGUAUUAAAAGUUCAGUUAAAAAAUCGCUGCUGAAAGUAACACCAAAUCCGCGAAAAUCUGGUGGUGCAGAACCAAUAGCUAGUGAAACACCUCACACGUUUAACUCGGAUAUGCGUGAUAGUGUUUCCGAUUCAGUUGAAACACCAGUGUCAAAAACAUCACGUGUAAAGAAAUCAAGCAUAUCUUACAGUGUCACCCCUCGCUCGCGAAAAUCAGUGCAAAUUGGAAGACUCUCUCACAGUGUGCCAUCUCUAAAAAAGGCUCCUGCUGCAGAGGAAACAGUUGCAGUUUCUUCACCAAGAAAGUCCUAUAGGAAGGAGUCCUUAGGAGAGUCCUCAAGCGUUAAAUAUGCAAAUGCUACACCAGAUGGGAUGUUUAUUGGAGGGGAGACUCCAGAUAUCUCACAGGUACAAUCGUUGGGCAAAAGAUCACAAAGGUAUAGCCAAAAAGUUCCUGCUGCAGAUAAUUCAGCAACCAUAGUACAGUCUCCAGAUUUAUUCUCGUCAGAUCAGAUGCCCUCCAAUGGAGAAGUGGCACAGCUAAAAGAAUUGCAGAAAUCGUCUACAUCUGCUGUGGCUGAGAGACCCAAAAGAAAAUCAGCUGGACUGCUGCUUGCGCACAUUCGUGAAAGUCAGGAAUUGUUUUCUCGUAGCCGUAGAAACUCUACUCCUUCAGCAAAUACUGACAAAAUAAACACUAGGUCAGCAAGAGCUUCAAUGAUUGUGCCUAAGAAAAGUAAACUUUCUUUCACGCCCAUAUCACAGUCAAAGACACCUCGCAAGCUUAAAUCCCUUCGGGCAAUGUCAGCAAAAGCAGCCAAGCGAAGAUUGACUGAUGUAGACCUCUCGGAGAUUGCUGCUAAUAAGCUAAAAGCUAAAUCACCUAAAACUCCAGAUAAGAAGAAAAUGGCAGCUUUGCUUCAGUGUCAUAAGCCUCGAAUGCUCUUUUCAGAAGUUGUGAAGAAAACUCCAGUGAAGAAGAACAUUGUUGCCAAGCUACCAUCAGUGCCAAUAAAUCGACGUAGAAAGGUGCCCAAGAAACCCAAGGUUCAUACUCCAAGAAAGGCUUCUGUGAAAGGAAUAAAUUCCACUGGGCAUGUUGAUUCACCGGAGACAAUAAUAAUCCAUGGCAAACAAAGUAUGGCCUUGAAAAGAACAAUUCAAAAAAUUAAGGAAGAAAGUGAAUCUCAGAAAAUUACAGCCACAGCUCCUAAGUUUGAAGACACAAAAGAUGUUGAAACUUCAGUUUCAGCCAAAGAGUCAUCUCGUGAAAUGAACACCAGGAAAAGUGUCAGCUUCUCACCAGCACCACAAGUGGUGGCAUUUGCAGCUUCAAGACGAAUAAGUACACGUAAAUCCAUGAAAAUUCCUAAUAUCACAGAAGAGAAUUGUGGCUUACUUUCGCCAAACGAGUCGAAUUUGUUGGAGACACUGCCUAACCGAAAGACUAGUAUAUUAAAAAAAUCAUCUUCAGUAGAAACACGCCCAGAACUAAUGGAAAUCGAUGAUAAUUCUUCUGCAAUAACUAAUUUGGAAAGUGUUCGUAAUAGUUCUGUUGUAUCAAGUACUCCUGUCAGAGUUUCAGAAAGGCAGAAAGGUAGAACACCUUCACAGUCACCAAGCACUCCCAAGAUGAAGGUUACGGUGGGAAAAUCUUCAAAGUGUGUGUCAGUAACCAACCAGAGUCCGGAAGCAUUAAAUACAAGCAUUGUGUCGCAGGCAAGCAGUACGUUUGAUUUUGACGCUGUCACUACUCCCUGUAUAUCAGUUGAAAAACUAGUUUCACCCUUAAAUACCACCAGUUCAAAAAAACAAAUAAACAGCGAUUCAGCUAAAAGUAAUGUUAACAUUUCUGCACAAAAAAUAUUCAAAGAUCUUGUAGCAGAUAAAGUUAUCGACACUAGUAAAUGGCAUUACCAUGAUACGAACGCAGCAACCAGUGCAACUGAUGCCAGCAAUUGGACAGGUUCGGAGCCCUUGGCCAUGUCAUCAAGCAGGAAAAGUGAUCGAAGAUCAGUGUCAUUUCCUGUAAAUCGUUACUCCACAAGGAAAUCACAAGGUAAAAGAAGUUCUGAAGAGGUGCAUGCAUCCUCAAACACAACUGCUUCUGAGCUCAAUCAGCAUGAUGUGGCCUCACCGUCCAAAAAAAGAAAAGUAUCAGUUAACACACAAGAAGAGUCAUUUAUUUCUAAAGAUGCAGGUGGCUUUCUUGUAAACAAACUUGAGCAGCUUCCGGGUGUAGCAGUAGCAUCAUCGCCAAAGAUCGACAGAAAUAGUGGAAGGGUUCAUAGAAUAUCUCGGCAGCCAGUGAUUGUUGACUCAAAUGAUAUUGAAGAUGCCAAGAAAGAUUUAAGAUCUUCUAAGACAUCUUUACCUGAUGCUUCGCUCAGCAAAGGAUAUGUUAAACAGCAGUCUCCCUCUGUUAGACAAAGAAAGUCUACAAUUAAUGAUUUAAGAGAUGUUACAGGUGUCAGAAGACUAUUUGACACUACAAAGAAACAAGGAUCUCCUGCAAAUGAUCUUACUGAUGUGAGAGGUGUAAAACAGCUUUUAAAAACUCCAAAGCAGCAGAAACUGCCAAAGAAUGAUUUGACAGAUGUUAGAGGUGUAAAACAGCUGUUGAAAACUCCAAGAACACAGAAAUCACCACGAAAUGACCUUACUGAUGUAAGAGGUGUGAAAAGACUACUCCGGUCUCCAUUACAUCAUCAGAAAUCACCACAGAAUGAUCUUACAGAUGUGAGGGGGGUGAAAAAGCUUUUCAGAUCUUCCAAAAAACAAAUAUCUCCCAAGAAUGAUCUAACUGAUGUAAGAGGUGUGAAAAAAUUGCUUCAGUCUCCGAGGCGACAGAAAUCUCCACAGAAUGAUCUCACUGAUGUGAGAGGUGUGAAAAAAUUGCUUCAGUCUCCGAGGCGACAGAAAUCUCCACAGAAUGAUCUCACUGAUGUGAGAGGUGUGAAAAAAUUGCUUCAGUCUCCGAGGCGACAGAAAUCUCCACAGAAUGAUCUCACUGAUAUGAGAGGUGUGAAAAAAUUGCUUCAGUCUCCAAGGCAACAGAAAUCUCCAAGGAAUGAUCUCGCUGAUGUGAGAGGUGUGAAAAGGUUACUCCAGUCUCCUAGGCAACAGAAGUCUCCACAGAAUGAUCUCACUGAUGUGAGAGGUGUGAAAAGGCUACUCCAGUCUCCUAGGCAACAGAAAUCCCCACAGAAUGAUCUCACCGAUGUGAGAGGUGUGAAAAGGUUACUUCAGUCUCCUAGGCAACAGAAAUCUCCGCAAAAUGAUCUAACUGGUAUGGAAGGUGUGAAAAGAUUACUUCAAUCGCCUAGGCAACAGAAAUCUCUGCAGAAUGAUCUCACUUAUGCAGGAGAUGUGAAAAGGUUAGUUGAACCUGAGUCCCAUAAAAAUACUAACCCACCUCGAACUCGCAGGGGUAAAGUGCAAGUUACUGGUGGAGAUACUAUGGUCUCAGAUGAAAAGCAGCAGAAAUCUGAAACAGCAAACAACUUGGAGCAGAGAGACUUACUUAUUAUGUCUAGUGCUGGGCACACAUCACCUAAUGUUACGAAUGUACCUCAGACACGCAGGACUAGAAAACAAGCUGUCGCUAAGGAAAUGAUUAAUAGUAAUCUUCAGGCUUCGGCUGAGAGUACAUCAUCACCUAGGACCCUCAGGGGAAAGAAGGUUACUGUUACAGUUUCAAAGUCAAGUGAAGAGGUAAAAUCUCAAUCUGUUGUGGAAACUGACAUUUCCGUAGAAGUAUGUGAACAAAACGACUUGUUUGUUCAUCCCACCAAGCUUGCUUCAUUAGACACUGCCUCUUCACCUAGAACUCGCAGGGGCAGAAAACAAAUCAUGAAUAAUAAAAAAGUUGAGGUGGAAUUAGAGCAAUUUCGUGAUGUGUUGCAGAAGCAUGAAGAGGAUGUUUUAAUUAAAACUAGUCAGCUUGUUUCAACUGCCGCUGUUUCUCCACUUAAAACUCGAAGGGGUAAAAAAUAUAUUGAAAAAAGUAAAGAGCAGGAUGAAGAUCUGAAGUCAGUUUCUCAUAGCAGCAAACUUAAACCUGAAGUAGAAACGCACAAAUUGACACAAAAUCAACAAGAAAUGCAGUCUGUUAAUGACGGUGAAACUGCUUCACUAAAAAUACGUGGUGGUAACAGAGGAGAUGUUUCCAAGCAGCAGAGGAACAAAGCUGUAACUUCACUGAGUGGUAAUAACAGUGCAGAAUCGAGAGAGAGUGACACUUUGUCACCCAAGCCUCAACAGAAAAGAGUAAUUUUUGCAGAUGUAUUACAUGCAUCUUCACCAAGUAACAGUCCUUCAUCAAGGACACGCCGAGCUAAAAAGCAGGUAGUUAAUGAGGAAUCUGAAAAAAAAGGUGGUUUAAAAGCUGGUGACCAGUUAUUGUCAGAUGAGUGUGACAAACCAGUGGGUAAGCGUCACCAGAGAAAAUUAGUGAAUGCAGAUAGUGUGGAAUGCAGCCCCUCAACUAUUUCUGGCCAGUCCAGAACCCGAAAGGGAAGAAAAUUUCAUGCUGCUACUGUGAGUGAGGAGUUGAAAUUACCUUUCAAAACUCCAAGCCCCCGUAAUUAUAAAACAGAUGGCACAACAGCUAUAGCAGAAUCGGAACAAAGUAAAGUAAGUGACUGUGUAUUCAUGGAUUCUAAUACUAUCAGCCCACUGAAACCAAGGAGAGGUAGGAAAGCUGGAACUGUAACAGUUUCUUCCACUGCGGAAAUGAGAGAGAGAACAGAAAUAAAUAGGAAUCUUGAUAAAAACAUUGCAACAUCUGUUGCUCACACGUUAGACACAGGUCUUGCUGACAACAGCACAUGUGAGGUACCUGUCGUGGCUUCCUCAAAGAGAACAUUACGUGGAAAAAAAGAAAAUGUUACUCAGCUUGCUGUAACCACUAUACCUUCAUCAGAUAAAAGUGAAACUGAAGAGAGGAACAGUGUAAAACGUACAAGAGGAGGUAGAAAACGUGCAGUAAAUCUAGAGAAUGGUUCUUCAGCUGUGAGUAUACAAAUAGGUUCUAGCAAAGAUACAGCUAUUAUUGACAGUCCUCCACCUAAGAGGUCGCGGAGGGUCAGAAUUCGUGGUGACAUGGAAGAAGGGAAGCCAUCUUCUCGUUCAGAGUUGAUUGAGCUAAACAGUACACAGACAGAAACAGAAUCCACAGACGACAGCAUUGAAAAGCGGUUACAUGGUCUUACUCACAGAACAAGGCAGGCUACAGUCUGUGAUGCAUCCAAAAUUGUUGAUCAACCAGAUGAAGCUAGUGAAGAGAGAACUUCAAGCAGGAGACGUGGGGUGAGGCAGCACAAGAAAGACACAAAUAAAAAUGAACUUGGAAAUGGGCAAAGUACAGAUGAAGCAGAGCAGAGAAGUACACGGAGUAAAAGGAAGCUUGUUCAGGAGACUGGUGAAAGAUCUCCGAGAAAGAAGAAAAACACACAAUCUGAUAGAUUAUUGGAUGUCUCUUCAGAACCCAGAGUUGUCUCACCUAGAGCAACAAGACAACGUAGAAAUCGUCGCACGUGACCUUCCUUGGCCUUCUGUUCCAGUACAAAUAUACAUGAGUGACCUAACCUCUAUGGUGUUUUUUUUUUUUUAAUUGUCAAUUCAGAUUAUAUUUUAAAUACGACAAUAGGUUUAUUUCUGUGUAACAGAUGUAGUUAUAUUACAAACUGUACAUAUAUUAGUAGGUUGUAGCUAGUAUUGUGGAAUUUUUGUUUUAAUAAUAAGACCUAGACCAUUGGGGUAUUAUUUUUACUUCCCAUGGAUUAUUGUACUCUUGUAAUGACUGUCGUGUGUAAUUAACCCUCAAUAGUCAUCCAUUUUAAGUAUUAGUCGAGGCUAAAUACCUCUAGCGUACUUCAGCUGACUUUAAAUUUUAUUUGAAAAGUUAUUGGAUUUGAAUAUAGUUUUAAGUGUUAAAGACCUCACCCAAAACAUAUAUUUCUUUAGCGCGUUGAAGUUUGAACUGAACGGAGACUACAUGUUCAGAUUGUAUGCAAGCUAGAGAGAAGAUACCCACCAAUACAGCUAAUAUUUUGUCAUGGAGUAUAGCCUUUUCCAAACUAAAUAUUGCAUAGUAGUUCUUAAAUUGUAAUAAGGUUUUUAAUAUUACUUUAAUAUAUAAGAACCAUAGAUGAUUUAGAGAAUUGUAAUAUUUUAAAGUGAAAUAAGAACUUCUGUUUUCACUUAUUUUUAAAAACACUGUAGCUGUUUCUUCUUCUUAAUCAUAUUCUCUCAUUGUUAAUAGGCGCUGUCUUGGAGAUCUAAUUUAAACUGACUGUUCUGUUGUUGUCACCUGUCCUCACACCAUUGUAGAAUUCAAAAGUAAUAUUUCAGUUUUAUUCACAAUUUCUUCUAUAAUGUAAGCAUUGUAUAAAAGACUUAAUUGUCUUUCCACUUUGGUUUAUUCACAUUUUGUAAUGACUGUAAUCACGUGUAAACUAAUUGUUAUUAAUUUUUAUUUCCUCCAUGUUUCCAAAUUUUUCUGUUUAGAAUUGUGUGUGUACUUUGCUACUUUCAGUGGCAGAUAUUUUAACUAUUACAGUUGGCAUAUGCUAUGCUGUGUGUCCAGCUCCUACUCCCAUGUUUUUGUUUCAUCUAUCUUCACUGGUUCAUUAUUAUACAUAACAAAUAUUUAAGCCAAAUUUGGCAUCUUGGAAGAGGUUUUGCCAUUCUUGGGAAAUGUGAACUCUUUAGUCAACCAGAGAUAUUAGAUUUCUUUUAUCAGCAGAUCAUCACUUAUAAAGGGAACAUAUUAAUUGAAGAUUGAGCAGAGUAUUGCAUACCAUUUUCAUAUUACAUGUAGUGUUUUUAGAAAUGUGGAUGGGUGAGAAGAUCCUUACACACCACACCACACAAUUUAAAACUGUACUUCAUUGAAGUAUGUACUUACGUUUGAUGUUGGGUGUAUCACACAGUCUUGUAUGGUGCAAUGUCUUUUUAUAUAACAACAUUGUAAUGUAUUGGUUUUGUAUCUCCGGCAUAAAUCAGUGUUAAUGAAUUAAUGAUGCACUACUUCCAAGAAUUUAAAAGUAGUUGUAAGUUUACAUAUAGCAUUGUUAAAUUUAAAAAUCCAAAAGGGUGUAAAUAUUGUAGGUAUUUAUUGCCACAGUGAGACAUUAGUUUCACUAUCAUUUUAAAGUAAAGUGCAGACAUAUUGUGUUUAUGUGGAAAUAGGUGCAAGGUAUUUUAUGAGAAAAUUUUGAAACACAAUAACUUGGUUGCUUGCACAGUUACAUACGUGAAGGGAUCGGAGAGAUAGUCUUAAGCCACAUGUAACUAGUUUUGAUAUACAGCAACAGUCCAUGUUCCCUGGACAGCUAUAAAUGUUCAGUACAAAAUAGAAAUCUUCUUGGUUUUGUACAUAAUAGUUUAUUACCUCGCCAGGUGUGUAGUAAAAUACUCGACUCUAUGCAUUGUAAUUAUAUUGAAUCAUUUUACUUAAGAUAUAGUCAGUAGUGGCUUAUUACUUUCUCCCAGAAAAGAAUGUAGAAUGCAAAAUAUGAAUUUGUAAGGAAUUAUUUUGAACUACACUAAAAACAGUGACCAGUGUAUAUAAUUUUUACAUAUUUAUAUAUGUGCAAAGGUCCUUCAGAUUAAUAAAUUAUUUUAGUGACUUAGCUACAUCAAGAGAGUUCCUCUAACUCAUAAUUGUUCACAUUAUUUCCAAUAGAUGACUGAAAGAAGUGUUAGUUUGCUGCAGAUAUGUACGCCAUGAGAGAUAGUACACCAUAAUUUUUUUCCUGCAUAAUCAGAAGUGGCUUUCGGCUUUCUAUAUUUUACUGGCAGCUGAAAUGGGUAUGGUUCAGUAAGCCUUCAUUUCUUUUCCUCAUAAUAUGGAUAUCCACUGAUGCAAGGGCUCCUUCGUCAGAAUAGCAGUGCUCCACACUUUGGUUGAAUAGCUUCACUGAAAUGAAUGAGAUCUACGAAUGUGAGUAAGGUGUGUUUAGAGAUUGCCUUAAGAUUAUCCAACACCCAGACGUCUUAGAUUUGGCACUUUGGUCAGAAUGAAAUUUUUUAUUGUAUUUUACUACCAUAACUUCAUUGCAGACACAAUCACAAUUCCAAAGGACAGUAAUGUUGGGCAGAUUUAAAUCUUUUGGUAACAACGAGAGAGACUUCCAAAGCACAAAAGACCAAAUUCUUUCUCUACUCCUUGCUGUUACCUGAUUAUGUGGAAAGGUUUUGUUAGAGGAUUAGUUAACUUCAAAUAUUUUAUCAAGCAGCUCUGAACUUCAUCUGAACCCCUUUAUCUUUCUCACUCCAUAGAAAUACAUAUCCCUUUCUGAUCCACAGUUGUGGAUACUGCAAUCUCUCCAUACUAUAAUCUUGUCAAAUGGUAGAUCAACUGUUUGGAUGUGGGGAACAUUUAUUGUUUAACUGUAAAACCCAUCGUAAUUUAGACAUUACAUUCUUCAAUCUUCUUGCCUGUUCUGUAACCCAAGAACCCUUGAGAAAGCUUCCUUGCAAAUCAUGCCUUUCAUUCCAUAUGUCUUAAUGUUAUUUAAAAAUGUAAGAACUGUAGAUUACACUUUGUGGGUAAUCCUUUUUGGAAUAGCUAUGAAAGAAAGAUAAAAUAGAAUGAAAUAAAAUUACUCGUAAGAUACUAGUCAAUUUAUCUUUAUAAAACAAACGUUCACAUUUGAUACCAUAUUUAUGCAACUUGUCAGGUAAGUAUUCUGGGCGUUAAAAUUUUCUGUAUCCAAAAAGAAUAAAAAAAUAUUUUCUUCUUUCCCAUGUAGUUUUAUGUAGCACUUGGUCCAGCAGGUACACGAACUUCCGAAAGAGGUUCCAUGGACAGUCUUAUUUUGAAAACCCACACCACUGACCAGUUUGAGAUUUGACUGCCCCCCCCCCCCCCCCCCUUUCAAAACAAAUACUUCAGUGUUUAGCUUUUCCUGAAUAUUUAGGUUUGUGACAUGAUUCUUUGUUCACAGUACUUAUUCCAUGCUGUAAAAAGAACAAAAUAGUCUCAGAACUUGGUUGAGAUAGGUGUAAGGCACACAAAAUACUGCUAAAAUGGCAUCCAUGAAAAAUAUUUGUGUUAUUAAAACUAUAUUAUUACAGCAUUAAGUAGUCUUUGAAGUAUGCCCAUAAAAUUUUCCCACUACCACAAAAAACACAUUCAAAUGUGUGAACAACAUUAGAACAACGAUGAUUACCAGUAAAUACUAGUACAUACAGAAAUGUUAUGAGCUGGAACUGUAGCUCAAUGGAUGCCGGGAUUCAUCACUGUCAGUAUCAAAAUGUCCACGUUAGUUUCCACUACUCUCAUUGGCAACUAUUCGUUAAAUAUGUGAACAAGGUUCAGAUGCUCCUGAGCUAGCUGCCAUUUUGCUGUGAUACGUCUGUCUUCUAAAAAUACCACCAGAUGGCAAAGUACAAAACUUCACUGCCAUUUCCUGCCAUCUGUUGCAAAAAGACUGAGCUUUAUUGAGAAAAUAUGAGGGUAUUUUUAAAAAUGUCAUUGCAUGGAAAAACUCAAUUUCGAAAAAAUUGUGGCUUAAGACAGUCUCUUUGACCCCUUCAUAUUUUUGAUUGGUGUGUGUACUAGUAACGUGUAGUGCAAUCUGAAAAUGCUCACAAAUUGUGUAAAUAAAAAAAUUUAAUAGUUAUUUUAUUCAUUAAAAUUUGUCUUGUUAA